AUGGAAAAUGGUCGACGGUAUCAAACUAUGCGCGAAGGCGAAUACUGGGGUCCGGCGGACGACCAGCAUUUUGAGGCGCUCGAAGCAGGAUAUUUAUCACAACUAGUCAUGGACUCUGAAUCCCCAAACGCUUUAUUCCAGUCUCCCGUUGAGAAUCCUCAGAAUGUUCUUGAUAUUGGUACAGGUCGAGGGACCUGGGCAAUUGAUAUGGCAGAUAUGUUCCCUAGCGCUAUGAUCCGCGGAGUCGAUCUUUUUCCACCACCGGUUGACUGGAUGCCUCCAAAUUGCGUCUUAGAGGUAGACGAUGUUCUUCAAGAAUGGACAUGGCGCGAGUCGUUUGAUUUCAUUCACAUGAGCAUCAUGCUAGGUGCUUUUUCCACCGAUGAAUGGGAGAGAGUCUACAAGCAAUGCUACGACAACUUAACACCCGGAGGCUGGAUUGAGCAAUUCGAAGGUGCCUGCCAUAUAAUGUCGGAUGAUGGCAGUUUACCCGAAGACAGCAUUCUCGCAAGUUGGGGAGAUAAUCUCAUUGCUGCCUCAAACAAAUCAGGACGUCCGAUGGGCACCCUCGAUACCAUGCGAGAGCAGAUUGAAAAGGCCGGCUUCAUCGACGUACACGAAAAAGUGUACAAAUGGCCAAUCGGAGGCUGGGCAAAAGACCCAGUGCUGAAAGAGGCAGGGAGACUAAAUUCCACAAUGUGGAAGUCCGGUAUGGAGGGGUGGGCCAUGUAUCUGCUCACACGAUACGGUACUCCCAAGCCGUGGUCAAAACAGGAAGUUCAGGUUCUAGUGGCGAAGGCUCGAGCUGAAGUGAAAAACCCGGCCCAUCACAUUUACAUCCUCGCGCGACGUAUCUGGGCACGGAAGCCAACAAGUGAAGAGUUGGCAAAGGAAACCAAUGUCACAUCAGAGUCUACAAAAAUUGCGCAACGACCUCCCCACAGGACUCCGACGCCUGUCGCCGAGUCCUCCAUAGGCAGCAAAUCUAGGUCUCCGUCACUGGAGAGGCCAACCCAUGCGACUCCUCCUUAUCUCGAAAGUUCACCUGAGCUCGAAAAGUCAUCUGCCACAGACGGAACAUCUACCCGUGGGUCCUCGCCUCAAAAAACAUGA